AUCCGGGGCGAGGCGGAGGGCGACCCAUUUCCAAGACAGAGAAACUGAGACUGGGGCUCAGGCUGAGUGGGGCGCACGAUUGAAGAUCUAGGAGGACACCGGUCCCUUUCCCGUUCCGUGCGGUCGUGCGCCGCAGCCGCGGGAGCCCCGGGGAGGUGGUCGCCCAGCCGGAGCCCGGUCUCUGGUUAAAAGCAGCUCCACAGAGACCUCUGGCGGGGUGACCGGUGUCACAGACGCCCGGAGAGGUGCGCCCCGCGAGCUUCGCGGCCGGAGUGGGAGGUCAGGGGCGCGCACCCCAGGCCGGGGACGCGCCUGUGGGCGUCCGGAAAACCUGGGGUUCCCGAGUUUGCCCCGCUGAGGACGUUGGAAGAGCUUUCUGCACAGCGUGCGUGCCGCGACCCGGUCUCCUUCCUCCUCCGCCGGAGCGAUCGGCCUUGUCCCGCCGGUGCGGGUGACAACCUCUGCCGUGUCAAACCCGCUGCCGUCCCCAUCCCGCCAACUCCCACUGCCAGAGCUUAGCUGGGCACCCCUGCUUGGGGGCUGGGGGACCGGGGCGCCGGCAUCUUUCCACCUCUCGUCCGUCCACCCUCCUGACUGAAGUCGGGUUUAGAAACCCGCAGGAGACCCGGAAGGUUUCGAUCAGACUUUAUGGCUCCGCAGGCCCGCGAAGCCCUCUGCAAAGGCGCGCGUGGUGGAUAGAGCCCGCUUUCGAGGAGGAGGAGGCCCGGUCUAGGCUCCCAAGAUCUGGAGACCCGGCCAGGGGCGGCUUCCUGACUGGCCCAAGCCAGCCAAUAUCCUAAUGGGGUCCUGGCAGAGUCCGCUCUCCACGGGCGGUUGGCAGUGAGGACUCCUACACCCUCAGGUCUAGGCAAGGUGUCAUGGAGAUUUCAUGCUGGAGGAGACACUGGGGAAGGAGCAACCUCCUGUUUGCCAACACUUGCCCCAGGAUCUAAGAGAGGGGCUAACUAAGAGAGGUGGCCCCAGGCAUCUGAGGUGGCAGUGGCCCCGUGUUUUCUCUGCCCAUUGCAGAUAUCUGAGGGUCCCCUGAGGUGGCUUCCUCCCACUCCAAUGGCCUCUAAAAUAGGAGUUCCUCACAUUCCUGCUCCUAAGCUUUCAUAGCUGACUCCCCGAUGCUAUGAGCGUUGGGACAUCCAGACGUGGUUCUGGGUGGGUGACAACAGAGCCCAGACCCUUCAAGCUCUCGGAGUGUCUCAAAGGGGCCUGGUUAGGGGACAUUGAGGCGGAGUCUGGGAGAGGGUGCCCCUGCCCAUCCACGUCCUUAAAUCAGGCUCAGUGCACUUGGGAAGUUUGCAGCAGCUGGACCUCGGUGGUUGGGGUGGGGUUGGCUCCUCCUCCUGGCACCUGUGGGCCUCAUCCGACUUUUCCCCUCCCCUACCGAGUUCCUGAGCACCCCAGGAUCACCAGUCUACCCGCACCCUGAAGACCUCACUAACCGAGGAGUGGCUAAGCAAGUUUGGCUACCUCCCACCUGCAGACCCGGCGACAGGGCAGCUACAGACACAGGAGGAACUGUCCAAGGCUAUUACUGCCAUGCAACAGUUUGGCGGUCUGGAGACCACUGGCAUCCUGGAUGAGGCCACUCUGGCACUGAUGAAGACCCCUCGCUGCUCCCUUCCGGACCUGCCCCUUGGGGCCCAAUCGAGAAGGAGGCGUCAGACUCCGCUACCCACCAAAUGGAGCAAGAGGAACCUUUCUUGGAGGGUCCGGACAUUCCCACGGGACUCACCCCUGGGCCGGGAUACUGUGCGUGCACUCAUGUACUACGCCCUCAAAGUCUGGAGUGACAUCACACCCUUGAACUUCCACGAGGUAGCGGGCAACAUGGCGGACAUCCAGAUCGACUUCUCCAAGGCUGACCACAACGACGGCUACCCCUUCGAUGGCCCCGGUGGCACAGUGGCCCAUGCAUUCUUCCCUGGUGACCACCACACAGCAGGGGACACCCACUUUGAUGACGAUGAGGCGUGGACCUUCCGCUCCUCAGAUGCCCACGGGAUGGACCUGUUUGCAGUGGCUGUCCACGAGUUCGGUCAUGCCAUCGGUCUGAGCCAUGUCGCUGCCCCAAGCUCCAUCAUGCAGCCAUACUACCAGGGCCCCGUGGGUGACCCGCUACGCUAUGGGCUUCCCUACGAGGACAGGGUGCGUGUCUGGCAGUUGUACGGUGUGCGGGAGUCCGUGUCCCCUACUGCCCAGCUGGAUACCCCAGAACCUGAGGAACCACCCCUCCUGCCAGAGCCCCCCAACAAUCGGUCUAGCACUCCGCCACAGAAGGAUGUGCCUCACAGGUGCACUGCUCACUUCGAUGCUGUGGCCCAGAUUCGUGGUGAAGCAUUCUUCUUCAAAGGCAAGUAUUUCUGGAGGCUGACCCGGGACAGGCACUUGGUGUCCCUGCAGCCCGCUCAAAUGCAUCGCUUCUGGCGGGGUCUGCCGCUGCACCUGGACAGUGUGGACGCGGUGUAUGAGCGUACCAGUGACCACAAGAUUGUCUUCUUCAAAGGAGACAGAUACUGGGUGUUUAAGGACAACAAUGUAGAGGAAGGGUACCCACGACCCGUCUCCGACUUCAGCCUCCCGCCAGGUGGCAUCGACGCCGUCUUCUCCUGGGCCCACAAUGACAGGACUUAUUUCUUUAAGGACCAGCUGUACUGGCGCUAUGACGACCACACACGGCGCAUGGACCCUGGCUACCCUGCCCAGGGCCCCCUGUGGAGAGGUGUCCCCAGCGUGCUGGAUGAUGCCAUGCGCUGGUCUGACGGUGCAUCCUAUUUCUUCCGAGGCCAGGAGUACUGGAAAGUGCUGGAUGGUGAGCUAGAGGCAGCCCCUGGGUACCCUCAGUCUACAGCCCGGGACUGGCUGGUAUGUGGUGAGCAGCUGGCGGAUGCGGAGGACGUAGGCCCCGGACCGCAAGGCCGCAGCGGGGCCCAGGAUGGUCUGGCAGUAUGUUCCUGCACUUCAGACGCACACAGGUCUGCACUGCCACCUCUGCUGCUGCUGCCACCACUGCUGUGGGGCCUAUGGACCUCAGUCUCCAGCACGGCAUCCUGAGGGCAGUGCUAGCCUUGCGGAUCAAGGAGCCAAGGGGGGCAGGGACACACUGGCCAGUAGUCAGCAGGACUUGUGCUCCAAGCCCCCGGUCCCUCGCUCCUUCCUUCCUUCCUUCCACUAAACCCAGGGGUGCUGUGCCAUCUGCUGGAGUGGUCUCCAGCUGGGACAGGCCGUCCUACCAAACGGCAUCCAUGCACCUUUCCUACCCGGAGCAGCCAUAGGCAGGCGCUCCUUCCCUCUUCUGCACAUCAUGCUGCUUCGUUGCACCUCGCCGGGCUACCCACGCCCAGCUGUCACAACCCCAGGAUGCCUUGUCUGCACCUGAGCGGCUCUGACUGGCAUCUGCACUUGGGCUGAUGGGGACAAAUGGGGGGGGACAGUUCCUCGUGGUGUCCAUAGGGGCCACCGUGCCUGUUUCACAAGUGAGAGAGGUGAAGCCCCCCCCCCCCCGAUGGGGAACGUGGUCGGAGAAGGGCACCUACCCAGAAGUCUGAUCCACUGUCGUUUGCAGCAGCCAUAUCUGCUGGUACAGGGGACCAGUCACACUCAGGAUCUGCCCACAGGUACCCAGAUGCUGGUGGCCAGGGAUCCCGGUCCAACCAUCAGGAGUACAGCCCCCUCUCCUCAUCCUAGACAGGCUAGACGUGGAGGCUGUGUCCUGUUAUCUUCCUCACUGUGGCCAGGAGAGCACUGUGGGUCUCCCUCGGGUGCUGUUGAUUGGGAGAGGGGGUGCCCAUGAAGACUUCUCUUCAUCCAUCAGUACCUAUUGCUUCAGCAGGAUGCCCUGUGGGUAUAGUUCUGGACUCAGACCCCACAGCUCAGACUCAGAGCUAUCCCCUCCCCAGCUGUGGAGGGGCUUUAACACCUGGAAUAUAAAAGUGGGUGUUCAGUUAGGGAAGAAGGAUCAUUGGGGGAGGACAGGGAUAACAGUGUCAGGGCCCUUGGGGGUCACAACAGUGUCACCGCCGGACUUGGAGAUGUGGGAAUACGAAUUGCUGCUCUGGGUGCCAAACCUCCAUGGUCCAGAAAGGGCUAGAUGGGGUGAUGAACUCCAGGGAGGAACCGCCAAGUUCAAAGGUUCUGGGAUGAGAUGGGUCUAAGGAACAGGGCCACGGGUGUAGGCUUGGCUGCAGGGUGAGCAGUUUCUGUCAUUGGGCACGAGAUGAAAAUUAGUGAUCACACUUACAUAUACACACACACCCCCUCCCCACUGGCCCUGUCCCAUCUCAGGUAAAAAAAAAAAAAAAAUAGGCUUCUACAUACCCCAGGCCAGGUUUGAGUGUUGUCAGGAUGAGCGGCAGCCAACAGGGCCUGGGUUUCUACCCUUCUCCCUCUCCCAAGCCUGGCCACAGCAUCCACGCACCUGUCAGACUAGGCAGGACAGAGUUGGGGGUGGGGGGGUCUGAGGUUUCCAUCAUGGAAGCCACUCUGCCCUCACAUCAAAGCACGUUCCUAAGAUGUCCCAUGCUGUCCACCAGCUGUCCUGUACGGUAACAGGGAAGACCCUAAGAGUCUUUGUCACGUAGCGCUGAAAGCCAGGCCCGCAGGCUGGAGCUGUCUAGAUGCUGGUGUCUCACUCAUUUUAAAACCCAAACUCUUAAUAAAAGUUUUCUACACUGGA